UGGACUCUGCGUUGCUCCGAGGAGGCGUCCCAGACUUGGGUGGUGCUUGGACUCUCGCCUUCGGAGGGAGGACCGUCCACCCGGUCUCUCCCUAGGGAUCCCUGGACAUCCCUGGACGCUCCGCGGGCGCCGCCUGUAGCCGCAGGUGACAGCGCCCUGCCCAGCAUGGCGACUCCCCUCCCGCCACCAGCACCAGACCCCCAGUUUGUCCUCCGAGGCACCCAGUCACCUGUGCAUGCGCUGCAUUUCUCCAGAGGAGCCCAGGCCCAGGGAUGCCUGCUCCUCUUCUCAGGGUCUCAGAGUGGGCUGGUGCACAUCUGGAACCUACAGACGCGGAGGACAGCUGCUACCCUGGAUGGCCAUGGGGGCCAGUGUGUGACCUGGCUGCAGAUGCUACCCCAGGGACACCAGCUCCUCAGUCAGGGCCGGGACAUGAAGCUGUGCCUGUGGGACCUGGCAGAAGGCCGGAGCGCUGUCGUGGACUCCAUACACCUAGAGAGCGUGGGCUUCUGCAGAAGUGCCAUCCUGACUGGAGGGUGGCCACACUGGACAUUGGCCGUGCCAGGGAAGGGCAGCGAUGAGGUUCAGAUUCUAGAGAUGCCAUCCAAGACGUCAGUGUGCACCCUGAAGCCGGACGCAGAUGCCAAGCUGGGCAUGCCCAUGUGCCUGGGGCUGUGGCAGGCCCGCUCCAGCCCCCGCCCGCUCCUCCUGGCUGGCUAUGAGGACGGAUCGGUGGCCCUGUGGGACAUCUCAGAGCGGAAGAUGUGCAGCCACGUCACCUGCCAUGAGGAGCCUGUCAUGGGCCUUGACUUCGACCCCCAGCAGGCCCGGGGCAUCUCAGGCUCCGCGGGGAAGGCUCUGGCUGUCUGGAACCUGGACAGGCAGCAGGCCUUGAAGGUUCAUGGAACUCACAGACUCACCAACCCUGGUGUCGCUGAGGUCACGAUUCGUCCAGACUACAAGAUCCUGGCCACUGCAGGCUGGGACCACCGCAUCCGCGUGUUCCACUGGCGGACCAUGAAGCCGCUGGCUGUGCUGGCCUUCCACAGUGCUACCGUCCAGUGUGUGGCCUUUGCCCCCAAUGGCUUGCUGGCUGCAGGGUCCAAGGAUCAGCGCAUCAGUGUCUGGUCACUGUACCCACCCAGGUGACUGCUGCCUCUUUAGGAGACACGGAGUGCAAGGAGGCAGGCCAGUGCCCCAGAAGUUGCCCUCCAGGGCUCCUGAAGACCAGCUCCUCAGCUCGCUCGCUGUGGUUAGAAGCUGCCUUCUCCUUCUGUGGAAUGUAUCAGCACGUGGCAGUGACUUGCAACCAGCUGUAUACCUGGGCAUCUGCGGCCGGGACAGGAGGUGGUCAGCUGGGGCCUGUCCGUGCUCCCAAC